AAAACCCAUCAAAAUUCUCGUAGUCUUAACAAUAAUUUUAAUAUUACCGCGUUUUAAAACGCUUUUUUAUGAGCACGCGCAAUAGACGUUUUUAGGUUAUUAAAUGGCAGUCGAAAAAAUAAACAUCAUGGAUAUGGACUUGGGAGUUGCAACAAUCUGUUUAAAAACAACCCUAACCCUAUACACCAUUGGUUAUCUAAUAACAGGAGGUUUUACACACAUUUUGACUUUAGGAGUGGUCUCUAUUGCGGUAAUAACGUGUCUUUUGUAUGUCAUACGAGUACCAAGACCUCCAAAUAGUGCCGUUGAAAAAAUUAUUGGCCCCGACCCUUUUAUUACCGAACACGAUGAUGUUAUUACUACCAUUGCUCAUCGUGGAGCCGGAUUGGAUGCACCAGAAAAUAGUUUGGAAGCGUUUAGACAGUGCCACACCAAAGGGGUUGAUUUUAUCGAAUUUGACGUGACUUUAACUGCUGAUUAUGUGCCCAUUGUUUUUCAUGAUGAUUCCUUAGAAAGAAUGACUGGCAUUCAUGAAUUGGUGAGAGAUAAAACAUACAAAGAAUUGGAAAUGUUAGAUAUUAGUGUUCAUCACCCGUACAAGGAGGAUUUUCCAAACACAAAAAUUCCAACGCUGGAUGAAACUAUUGAGUGUUUAUUAGAAAAUAAUCAAAAGAUGUUUAUUGAUAUAAAAGAUAAUAAUCCCCACAUAGUUGAUGUAAUAUUAUCAGCAUAUGAGAGAUGUCCAAUUCUGUAUGAAAAAGCUAUUACAACAUCGUUUUUUCCAAACAUCAUAUACAUGAUUAGAAAACGAAACCCAAAAAUUGUAUGCUCGCUUGCUUGGAGGCCGCAUUCGUUUACUUCUGCCAGUUAUAGUUACACUCAAGGUUUGGGGGAGCGAAUGCAUAGCAGUUUUCAUAUGCAUAUAAUCUAUUGCUUACUCGAUUGGUUACACGAAACUUUAUUUAUGACUGUAACUCAUUACAUUUUAGGGCUCUCAUUUGUGUUGUUACACAAAGACGCUAUUUCUGGUCGCGUUGUUCACGAAUGGCGCGAAAAAGGUGUCCGGGUGAUUGCUUGGACAGUAAACCUGCCGCUUGAAAAACGAUACUUUUCGCGCGUGCUUAAAAUAACAUACAUGACUGAUACGUUAAUUCGAGAAUCGCAAGAACCAAGCUUAGAGAGAAGCAUUACGGACCAUUUGCUCGGGGAAACCAAUUAGUUCUUAGUUUUUUUAUUUGGUUAGAGUUGUUUAGAUUACGUUUAUUUUUUUGUGUAGUGUCAUUUUUAUAAAUUUAGGUGAUUAUAUUUUUUCUUGUUUUUUGUUUAGUAAAAACUGUGAAGAUCUCAAUUCUCUAGGUAUAAUAUACACAUAUAAAAUAAAUGGAACAUUCCGUAACA